UUGAUUUUCAUUUUUUAUUUUGUUUUAAUUGUUUUAUUAAAAUUUAAAUAAAAAAUUUGGUUUAAUUAAUUAGGAAUUAAAUAUAAAUGCAGUAAUUUUGGAAUGUAAUUAAAAUUUUAUUUGAUUAAUUGAAAACGUAUUGCAUUUUUCUCAUGUGUGCAUUUUUAUGAAAAGCGAACGCAUUCUCUAUCAACACUUUUGGAUAUUAACUUCAAUAAAAUUUAGUUGAGUCAAGAAUGAUUAUACAAGAACAGAGAGCUUCAUCUAAAUUUUUUACUGAAACAUAUUUUAUAUGGUUCAGUGCAAUUAUAUUUGUAACGGAACUUAUCAGUGAUUUAUGCCUUGUGAUAUAUUAUUUACAUGCAUCCGAAUUAAAAUGGGGUUUGAUUACAUUUGCCAUAAUUCUCUUGCCUUUAAUAAUGUGCCAGUUUGUUUCAAUAGUCAUUUUUAAAGUACGUAAUGAGACUUUUACUAAACAAAUGAUUUUUGCUCAUUUAAUGCUUUUAUGCGUUCCGUUUAGAUAUCAACAAAUUCUACAAAAAUUCGAUAAAAAUAAAGUACUUCGACCGAACUUAAUAGAAUCAAUUCAUAUUAUGUUUAAAGAUGUACGUAAUCUUGAAACGUGUAAUGCAAGUUUUCAGUAUUUACCUCAAUUUAUGUUCCAAGCUUAUAUUGUGAUUUUUGAAAAAUAUAAAUGCAUUUUGACUGGAAUAUCAGCUGGACUAGCUGGAUUUUCCUUCAUGUGGUAUAUAAUUUUACAUUUCUAUUACUGUUGUAAAAAGUUUGAUUUCGAAAAUGAAAAGAAUACAACAAUAAUACAUGAUGAAACACCAUUAUCACGAACUGAGAAUAUGUCAAUAAAAAAUUUCGAUAAAGAUUUAAAUGAAUCAAUUAAGAACUAUGAAAAGCCAAAAUAUAAAACGUAUGACAAAAAUUUUGUCACUACAGCGAAAACUAGCGAAAAAAACAUUGAAAAAAAUAAAUUAUUUUUAUUUAAAGAGAACAAAGAUAAAAAAGAUCAAUUGGAAACCACAAACGAUACUUAUGAUUUCUGUGAUUCAAAUAAUUUGUCAACAGUAUUUUAUGAAAUAGAAGACAGUCAAUGUUCACCAACAAAAUUUAAUGUAUCAAUGACAAGUAAGAAUACAGUAGAUUUUCAAAAUGAAAAUAAUAUUAAUUACGCGAUCUCAGUUUAUGACAUGAAAAAACAUCCAAAAACUAAAUUGAAUAGUGGCUUAAGUAUUAACGAUAUCGAUGCAAACUGUGGUGGAGAUAUUAUUACAUGUAAAAGUGGUGCUACACUAUGUGGUGCGGAAAAUUUAGAGUUAGGUUUAGAUUUGGAUUUGAAUCAUCGUGCUGUUAUGAAAAGAAAAGCUAUAUGUUCAUCUCAAGAAAUGUUACAUUUAUUUGAUAUUAUGCAAGAUAUACCACCAGAAGAAAUUGAUUCUUUGGCGAAAAGUUUAAUUGAAAUGGGUGGAGAUGAAAGUUUAAAACCUGAUUCUGAAGCAUCUUUAACCGUAUUAGAAAAUAUUCCGAAUAAAAUUGAUGAAAAAAUUUUAGAAAAUAUUGAUGCAGCUAUUUAUGAAAAUCAAGUUAUAUUUCAGGAACGUAUUCGAAAAAAUCAAUUAACCAUACAAAAUUUGAAAUUACAAGAUCAAUUAUUAGCAAAAUAUAUUGACGAUUUUAAGGAUUUACCACCAGAUAUGUUAAAUAUAAGAGAUUAUGAGAAUAUGUAUUUUACGAAUUCAAACUUUCGUAAUAAAUUAAAACAUUGGCGUAAUUAUUUGCAAGAUAUUAAUUCAAAUGCACAUGAUAAUUCAACCGUACAAAAUACAAUGUCAAUGUCCACAAUGACUGAUGCUGCAUCUGUUGUUAAUUCUUUAUCAAAUAAUGAGGAACAGUCAUUAUCUUUACCAUUAUCGGACAAUUUAACAAGUACAACAAACAGCAAUAACAAUAAUAAUGUAAAUCAUAGUCAUAAAAAAAAUUACCGCUGGACGGGUGAUAUCAAUAAUCAUAAUUUCAUAUUGAAACAACAACAGCAUCAACAAAUGCAACAACACCAGCAUCAACAAAAUGGUGAAGAAGAAUUAAAUGAAAUUUAUCCAUCUAACACAAAUAUUCUAGUGGAAACAAUAAAAUCCAUAAAGAAUCAUUAGGAUAAACAGAAAAUUUAACCCAAAAUAAUAUUUUACAUAGCUUUAAGAUUUACAUACUUAUUAAGUAAAUAUUUUAAGUUUUAUUCGGAACACUAACCUUUAAAAAACAAAAAAAAACCGAAAACUCCUAAAAAAUGAAUUUUAUUUUACAAAAUUCAUGUAGA